AUCAACAUCUUGUAUUUGCAGUAUAGUGUGGCUCAGGGAGCUACCAAUGCUAGGCUUAAUCACAGGCCAGGGAACGGCAAAACAAGCGCAUGGUCAACUUUUUACCACCAGGAACAAGGACAAUGGAUUCAGGUGGAUCUUGGUGACAUCGCAAAGGUGACCAAGAUUGCAACUCAGGGCUGGGCAGAAUUAAAUGAGUGGGUAACUGAAUACAAGGUGUCUUAUAGCUAUGAUGGCGGUUAUUUUGAGUUUUACAAGAACGGUCAAUAUGGCUCUGACAAGGUCUUUCAAGGUAACAAGGACCGAAGGAGCAUUGAUAUCAACAUACUGGAUCCACCAAUCUAUACCCGCUACAUCCGAGUUCAACCGGUAUCGUAUCACGAGUGGAUGUCACUAAGAAUGGAGUUGUAUGGGUGUCGUUCAGGUAGGGAGAUGUUACCAGUAAAUGCUUCUGUUAUAUAAUCAACGUAUCUUUUCAGAUACUAUUGAGCUAAGAUAAUGACUACGUCGACGCCAACAACGAGGCCUCGUAAAAACAGAUAUAUAUUUAUUCAUUGAAAAUCUUUAUUAUUUAGAUCUGUUCAGUCGCCGAUUGGUCUCAAAACCCACCCAAACUCGAUAUGUAACGCCAGUGAUCAUUUUCAAAAGAAAAUGCGAAAAAUUAGCCGUGGAAGCUCACGUUCACUAAAAUAGGCAAAACUCUGUCAUCUCAAGUGAAAUGUACAAAGAUUUAUACCGCACGUGUACAGUCAUUGUUU